CGAAGAUUUAGGGUGGGAAAGAUCGUUGAUAAGAAAGUCAUCUACGUGAGGUGUGGAGUUGGAAUGGUAAAUGCUGCAGUAGCAACCCAACAAAUGCUGGAUCUGUUUGAUAUAAAAGGGAUAGUCCAUUUUGGCAUUGCUGGGAAUGUAAAUGAUUCUUUGUCCAUUGGAGAUGUUACCAUUCCCAAACAAUUUGCUCACACCGGCAUUUGGGGUUGGCUGAACCCCAGUGCACCAUCGAUCCCUGAUGCUGUUGCUCACUUGGAUGUUGCAAGAUACAAUGUACCAAAAGGUGAAGGAACCAAUUUAUUGGGAAGUAUUGCAUAUGAUUCUGAGCAAUUCUUCUCCGAGCAGGGGAAACCCAAUACAGCUCGGCCUCUGCUUUGGGCACAAACAAGUCAGCAAUGGCUGGAUGUUGCUGCCAACUUGGAGGGGAUGGAACUGCAACAAUGUGUGAAUUCAAGCUUGUGCCUCCCAAAAAAGCCUAAGUUAGUAGUAGGAUUGAGGGGUUCAUCAGCCAACAUUUUUGUGGAUAAUGCAGCUUACAGGGACUUUCUGAUACGAACUUUUGGGGUGUCAUCAGUUGACAUGGAGAGUGCAGCUGUAGUAAUGACAAGCUUGUCAAAUGGCUUUCCGGUGAUAGUCAUCCGAGGACUAUCGGACUUGGCCGGAGGACAAUCAGGAGAGAAUGCAAUUCGGAUAUUCGGAUCCCUUGCAGCACAAAAUGCUGUCAAAGCGGUUGUUCAGUUCAUCAAGACAUUACCAUAAUUCAAUGAUGUGGGUCUCUCAAUUCUUGAGAUGUAAUGUAACAUAAUGGUUUGUCAAACACAAACAUGAGAGUAAAAAUGGAAAAAUGUAAAAGUUGAUGAUAUUUUUAAUGCUAAUAAUGUUUCACAGAGUUCAAACACCUUCUCAUUCUACUUUGUAGCUAGAUUGUGUGUGGUAUGUACAUAUGGUUGGAUGCAUUUGUGUCCACUGCUGCAAUUACUUCACUAUUUUUCAUUUGAGCAUACCAUUUAACAACAAUACAGUACUGUCUGCUGAUAAUGAAAACAGAUCUAAAUGAUUUGAUAAACAGUUUUCUAACAUACACA